AUGGUAACCUUCAACUUCGCCUACACCGCCCCCAUCAACCCCCCCGGAGCCACCCCCACGCUCACCCCCGCCCAAGUCUGGACCGGCCUGCAAUACAAGGUCCGCCGCGCCGAGAAAUUCGUGCCCGUCAUCACGGCGUGCGAGGUCGUCUCGGAAGAAAAACCCGCCGCCGGCACCGACGGCGCCCACGUCAUCACGCGGCUGGCGACCUUCCGCGAGGGGGCCGGGCCCAAGGGCGGCGGCACGAUCCGCGAGGUGUGCCGGCUGUACGCGCCGUGCCGGAUCGAUUUUGUGCAGGAGGAUGGCACGACGGUGGGGAAUUAUGUGAGUUUGGGGCCGGAGGGGGAGUUGAUGAUGACGUAUGUGUUUGAGUGGAGGGUGGAGGGGGUGGAGGAGGGGGGGGAGAAGGCCAGGGAGUUGGAGGGGGGGUAUGUUAAGAUGGCCAAGAUGGCGGUGGAGGGCAGCAUCGACACGAUUCGGAAGAUUGUUGAGGGGGAGAUUGCUAUGGACUGA